CUUUCCCUUUUCCUUCAGCCAUUAUCAGCAUUAGGAAAUUCAAUUGAGACUUUGUUGCAUAUCAUAUAUCAGUCAUCACAGAGGAAUUGAUUGAGACACCUUAUAUACAUAUAAAUAUAUAGAUGCUAUAUAUAUAUAUAUAUAGACACACAUAUAGAUACAUCCAGGUUUCUUAGCUUCAUUUGACAGACAUGGGAGAGGGAUUUAUAUAAUAAUACCAAACGAGGUUUCAGUCCAUUGUUGAAAGAGAGAUGGGUACGUAUUUUCAUGGGAAUUCUGAUAUCCACGGCGGCGGGGGCGGCGGCGAUGGCUUACAGACACUUAUACUCAUGAAUACUGGCGGCGGAUUUGUUGGGUUCUCCGACGCGCCGUCGGCGGCGGCGGCACAGCAGCAGCCUCCGGGGAGCAACUUCGCCUUCCUCAACUCCCACGGGAGCUCGAUGGGGUUCUCCCACGCGCCGCAGUCACAGGCGCAGCAGUAUGUGGCGCACCCUUUUGGUAAUAACUCCGCCGCCGCCUCGGCGUCGACUGAGGUCCACGUUUCCUCCGCGCACGACUUCUCCGCCUUCCACGGCUUCCUCGGGCGGCCGCAGUAUAGCCUGUACGGCACGCCGGUCGAGCUUGCGGCGGCGCGUGGGGUAACGCGCUCACAGCAGGGGCUGUCUUUGAGCCUGUCCUCUCAGCAGACCGGGUUCGGGAAUUUCCAGCCGAAACCCGAGGCGGGGACGGAGCAUAUGGCUAUGGCCGUACCGUCGUCGGCAGCAGCUGGAGACGAGGUGAGAGUUCCCGGCGGAUCGCCGUCGCCGGUCUCCGACGCUGUGAAUGGUGGGGUCCACCAAAACGUGCUCUUGAAUUCUAAAUUCUUGAACGCAGCUCAAGAACUUCUUGACGAGGUGGUCAAUGUCGGCAGGGGCAUGAAGAGUGGCACGGAACCAUUCAAAGGAUCCAAGGAGGUUUCCAAGAAUCCCGGAGCUGCCGCCGCCGAUGUACCAACCGGAGGGCAGAGUGGUGGCAAACGCGCCGUCGAGCUAACUACCGCCGAGAGACAAGAAAUCCAAAUGAAGAAAUCAAAGCUUGUGAACAUGCUGGAUGAGGUGGAGCAGAGGUACAAACAAUACCACCACCAGAUGCAGGUGGUGAUAGCAUGGUUUGAACAGGCGGCUGGCGUGGGUUCUUCUAGAACAUACACGUCUUUGGCAUUACAGACGAUCUCGAAGCAAUUCAGGUGCCUUAAAGAUGCAAUCUUGGGGCAGAUACGAGCCGCGGGCAAGAGCUUAGGAGAGGAAAUAGAAGGGCUGGGAGGGAAGAUUGAGGGUUCAUCACCUUCAUCCUCAUCCAGCAGGCUUAGAUUUGUCGAUAACCAUCUCAGGCAACAGAGGGCUUUGCAGCAGCUGGGAAUGUUCCAACAUAAUGGGAAUGCUUGGAGGCCUCAGAGAGGAUUGCCCGAGCGUUCUGUUUCUGUGCUUCGCGCUUGGCUCUUCGAGCACUUUCUCCAUCCCUACCCAAAGGAUUCAGACAAAAUCAUGCUGGCAAAGCAGACAGGUCUUACCAGGAACCAGGUAUCUAACUGGUUCAUCAAUGCCCGGGUUCGACUAUGGAAGCCAAUGGUGGAGGAGAUGUAUUUGGAAGAGACAAAGGAACAAGAACAACAAAACAACAAUGGAACAGAGAAUCAAACAGGGGAACCAAAUGAAGCUUCUGCUGCAGGCUGCUCUGAUCAUCAUCAAGAAAACAGCAGUUUUACCCAAAACCAACAAUCCACUAUAUCUACUACUUCUCCCAGUGUUCAAAACCAGCCCAGUUUCAGCCCGAAGAAGGCCCGCAGAGUAGAAUGCCCGGAUUCUGCUGCUUCAAUGGAUUUCACAUUGAUGGGAGGAGCACCAGCAAACUUCAUUGGCGGGUUCGGGUCGUACCCGAUUGGGCAAAUCGGGUCAUAUUCGGGCAAUGCAGUUUCCCUAACACUUGGUCUUCCACACAGCGAAAACCUGGCACAUCAGGGGUUCAUCCACACCCAAGAAAUGCAUAUGGGGAGAGGGGUAGAAAUGGGAGAACCGAACAAUCAGUUCGGCAGUAUGGAUACUCCAAUGGGUUACAACAUUGAGGACCGGAAGAGGUUUGCUGCGCCAUUGUUGCCGGACUUUGUUGCUUGAUGCCAUCAACAAUUGCUAUGGAAGCAAGAGGUUCUUGAUGAUAAUGAUGAUGAUGAUGGUGUAAAAAAUUUCAAAAAAAAGAAAAAAGAAAACUUUAUACACUUUGCAGAAGAACCACCAUUAUAGUUUCAUAUAGAUAGUUUAUAGGCUUUUAGACAAAUAUAUGAUUUGAGGGUUGUAUAGUUUGAUUGUUGCAUUGAAUAUGGGGGUAAAAAGAAAGACCUUAUAAGGAGUGUGGGGCUGUAUAGAAAAUAAUGUUAAUUUUGGGUGCUGUUUCUUAUUUCUCUGCAUCAAGUGGAUCAGAUUAAUAGUAUUCAAAGAAAUUAUUACUCUCUCAGGGGGGACUACUUGUUAUUUUUGUUACUUGGAUGGUGAUUGAUCAACUAAAAAGAAAGUGAACCU